AUGGACGCUCACGCCCUCGAGGCUGAGGCUGGGAAGAAGCCCCAGGCAAAGCUGAAUCUGGCCCCUGUCGAGGAAGAGUCCUCAUCAGGGUCCCGGAAGGGGUUCUUUUCGUGGAUUCGAUACUACGAAGAGCUGCUAGACCGGAAACUAGGCAUUGAAUCACACAGUCUCGACAGAGUCCCUGCCGAUGAUCGCCAUCCUCCGAACUCGCUAGCCAUGGCGUUCAUGUGGGCCUCUGCCACGAUGAACAUCAGUUGUUUCAGUACCGGCUUUCUGGGGAAGCAGUUUGGGUUGUCGCUGGGACAGACGAUUCCCAUUGUCAUUUGCUCAACGUUUUUGGGCGCUUGUGUGACGGGAUGGUGCGCCACCAUGGGCCCGGAGACUGGUCUCCGUCAGGUCGCAAUCUCCCGGUACUCUCUGGGCUUCUAUCCGUCGUCCAUCAUCGCCGCUCUGAACGUGAUCGAGCAAUUGGGCUGGGCCUCGGUCAACUGCAUCACGGGCGGGUUGGCCCUGAGCGCCGUCUCAGACGGCCAUGUCUCCAUCGUCGUCGGGGUCAUCAUCGUGGCAUGCAUCAGCUUCCUGUUUAGCUUUGUCGGACUCAAAGGCGUACUCCUGUACGAGCAAUACGCGUGGACCGUGUUCUUCGUUAUCUUCAUGAUCAUCUGGGGCGAGUCGGCUCACCGCGCCAAUAUCGCCGCGCCGGCCACCGUCUUCGGGCUCACCAGGUCCGGCAACGUGUUGAGUCUCAUCAGCGUGGUGUAUGGCUCCAGUGCGUCGUGGAGUUCCAUCGUCUCCGACUUCUACGUGCAGUAUCCCGUGAAUAUCUCGAAGGUGAAGGUCUUCCUGUAUACGACGCUGGGCAUUACCAUCCCCACGUGCAUCGGCAUGCUGCUAGGUGCGUGUAUUAGCUCGGCGUUGGACACGAAUCCCGAAUGGGCUGCCGCGUAUGAUGAUGGAAUCGGCGAGAUCCUAAAGAUCAUCAUCUACCCGCGCGGAUUCGCCAAGUUCCUGCUCGUGCUAUUGGUGUUAUCUGGAAUCGGCGUCAACUGCAUCGCCAUCUACUCCGGCGCCCUCUCCGCGCAGCUCUUCGCCAAACCCUGCGCCAAAGUCCCCCGCGUGUUCUGGUCCACCCUCGUCUUCAUCUGCAUCCUGUGCCUCGGCAUCGCCGGCCGCGACCAUCUCCUGGACGUGCUGGAGAACUUCCUCUCGCUGCUCGGAUACUGGAACACCUCGUUCUUCGUGAUCCUGUUCCUCGAGCACUACGUGUUCCGCGGCGGCAAGGUCUCCAACUACGACCUGGACGCCUGGAAUACGCCGUCCAGGAUGCCCGUCGGGUAUGCGGGGCUCACGGCGUUUUUGUGCGGCGCGGCGGGCUGGAUCGUGGGCAUGGUCGAGACGUACUAUGUGGGGGUGCUGGCGAGGCUGAUCGGGAAGGAUGGAGGUGAUAUUGCGAAUGAGUUGGCGUUGGUGUUUACGGGGGCGGCGUAUGUGCCGUUGAGGGUGUUGGAGUAUAAGUAUGUUGGGCGGUAG